AUGUACACGUUUCUUCUGCGUGGUGUAUCAAGUGCUUCCACCUGCUCUCUGAGCUGUCAAUCAGCAGGCGAAGCCCCGCCCCCUCUGCCCGCAGCCAGGAAGCUUCGAAGCCAUGAAGGGGAUGCAGUGCAUCAACUUGCAGGUACUGCAGUCCUCGCCGUGGGCCUCUGGCUGCGAUUUGACUCCAGGACCAAAGGGCUGUUUGAAGGAGAGGACUCUCCUUCGGUCUUCUUCACCGGAGUGUACAUCCUGAUCGCUGCAGGGGCUCUGAUGAUGGUCGUGGGAUUCCUGGGAUGCUGUGGAGCCAUCAAGGAAUCACCGUGCAUGUUGGGUCUGUUCUUCCUCUUCCUGCUCCUCAUCUUCGCUGUGGAAGUGGCUGCAGGGAUCUGGGGACUCUCCAAUAAGGACACGGUGGUGGAAGAUGUUACAGAGUUUUAUAAGCAGACCUACGACAACUACAAGACCACGAAACAGGAAGCACUGAAGGAGACGCUCCGCCUCAUCCACUUUGGCUUGGACUGCUGUGGUCCUACAGGAACAGUGAUUGAUGCUAUCAAAGACAUCUGCCCUAAGCAGGAAGGACUGGAGAUCCUCGUCACUAAGAGCUGCCCAAAAGCGAUUGAUGAAGUGUUCAACAACAAGCUGCACAUCCUCGGUGGAGUUGGCAUUGGCAUCGGAGUCAUCAUGAUCUUUGGGAUGAUCUUCAGCAUGAUGCUUUGCUGUGCCAUCAAGAGGUCCAGAGACUUUGUGUAAACUGACACAAACACAACUUUUCAUCUUUAAUCACGUGUCUCCACUUUAAAAACCUGCUGCUUUAGAGUUUAAACCAGUUUAACGUCAGAAAUGUAAGUGAUCCCUUCGUGUGCUGCUCGAGUUCAUACAGGAUGGCCACAUGGACCUGUGAGCGUAUGGAGCCUUUGCAAUGAUGUUUAACAUUUCCACUCUGGAGGGUCUGCAGGGAGGUUAUCUUUAGUCUUGAAGUAAAAAGGGGGAGAUUGUUUUUGGUACCAAAAAUAACAUUUUAUUAUUUUUAUCGUGAAACAAUGCGAUUGUCUGCAGGAGAAAAUAAACACUUGAGACUCUGCUUCCCUCCGGUGGACGCUUCUGCAGUUUUCUUUAUUUUUAAAUCUUGCGUUAAUACUUCUGUUGGUUUAUAAAAGUGCACUAAAGGUUUUUGAGCUGUAGCUUACUUGUAGCCACUUGAAUGUUUUAUUUUGA